AAAAAACUACGUCCAAACCAGCACUAUUCCCCGGCGGCGGCGCCCUCAGAUGUAAAAUCCUCUGCUCUGUUCUACGUCCCCUCCGACGCCAAUGCAGCGCCUCUCCUCUCCCUCGCGACCUCUCCUCUCCUCCGUGGCGUCUCGCUGGUGGUGGCCACCAGCACUCGCGCGACGACUCGAUCCACCUCUCCGUCGUGUUUCCUCGGAGGCUACAUGGGGCCAAGAUGUGAACCUCCAUGACAGCGAUGAAGAUCCAUCGAGCGCAACCAAGGCUCGCACGACUGAAAUCGUGAUCAAGGAGGACGAAGAAGAAGCCAGCGACUACGAGUACAACCUCGGCCACGUACUUGAAAAGAGCGGACACCGUGAUGGCUCUAUGUACAGGGCUAUCGGUUGGGGCUGGAAAAGGGAUUAUUCUCUCGGCGAUCGUAGCGAGAGGUUCCCUCAUCAACAUGGGUGGUGGCCCUAAGCGAGGAAUAGAUUUAGUGGACGAGGCUAUAAUCGAGUAUGACAUGAGGAUUAAGCGAGGCAGACAAGAAAGACAUGAUCUACAACUGAUCGAUGGUGCAACAAUCUUAGGCCCCCACGGGACAUGGGAUAGGCCGUUCACAUAUGACAUCUCUAACGACUGUGGUGGUACAGUUAACAUAACUUUAGCACGUCUUUCUUGGGCGGUUGAGGCAACUGUAGAGGUUCUCAUCUCGGAAGUGCAGGAUGGUUUCAAUAUGUCUCUUAGAUGUUUUACCAGUGGGUUUGAUUCUGAGAUAAGGCUCUUCAAUGGCGCUAUUACCGACUCACGUGGAUUGAAGCGAUCAGUGGUUGCCGUAAUGAAGCGGUCUUACAUACGUUUAAAAUUCAAGGUAGUUGCACCGUCUUGUUGUUCUAAGUCCCAAUAUCGUUGUACCUAUAAGGCGAAGACUCACGGGCAUAAUGCUCGAGAGAUAAAGACUGAUUUUGCACUGAUCUCGGUGAAGGUGACUUGGUCGACAUUGCCGGGCAGGUUUCCUACCUAAAGAUUUGCCCGGCCGAUACUUGUGUGUAGUCGUGGAGUUUUAACAAAGCUUGGAGGUGUAAUCAAACUAUUGUAGUAAUUGGCCUUUGCAUUAGAUUCUUCUAUC